AUGGCAUCUGAAUCGCAAAUUUCCACUGUCUACGUUCAGAAUCUCGAAGAGCGCGUGAAGCUCGAAACGUUGGUGGAUGCCUUGAGAACGAUUUUCUCCGAGUUUGGCAAUGUUGUCGACAUUGUCGCCAAGAAGAACCUUCGCGCAAAAGGCCAGGCCUUCAUUGUCUAUGACAAUGCUGAAAGCGCACAAGAGGCUAUUGAAGAGAUCAAUGGAUUUGAUCUUUUUGAUAAGCCUAUGAAGCUUGCCUUGGCACGAUCGCGAAGCGACAAGACUGUUGAACUUACGGGUAGCCAGGAAGAGCUUGAAAACCACAAGCGUCACCGACAGGCUGAAAAGGAUAAGCGCAAAGCCGAAGAAGCUGCAGAGGAGCAGAGACAGAGCAACAAACGGGCUUCUGGUGCGACCGACAACAGACCCGCGAAGGUUGCGAAGUCCUCAGGCCUCAAGUCUACCAGUGCAGCCGCAGCAACUAGUGUUCUCGACGAGUUCCUACCACCCAACAAGAUUCUUUUCGUUCAAAAUUUUCCCGAAGAUUACGAUGUCGAGGCUUUGACCAGUGUGUUUGGACGCUUCGAAGGUCUCCGGGAGGUCAGACUGGUUCCUACUCGUCGUGGUAUUGCCUUUAUAGAAUACGAGACGGAGCAAGGAGCUAUAACUGCGAAGGAGAACACUGCUGGUCUGAACCUGGGCGACAAGCCUAUCAAGGUCACAUACCAGCGACAAUAG